AUGUUGAAAGGAACUGUCCUAUGGGUUAUCAUGUUCACAUUUCUUCAUCUUGUGGCUUCUUCUUCCCAGUUUAAAGCUAAAGACCCCAUCGAUUCCCUUCAAUUUACUCCGAAAAGGCUUGCCGAGUUUCACCAACAAGACCUUCUGCCUUUAGAGAUCCAUACUGAAGUUAUUGAAAAAUCCUUUGCCGAUGAGGAACUCAUCAGAAACCUGCAAGCGGUUUUGAAUGCUUCAGCAAAAAUUAUUUCUGAUUUGGUACUCACACGGUCUUCAACAGAACUGCUCAGACUUGGAGAGAAUAAUCGAUGCACAGAUAUCGAGUCCAGCAAAGCCUUAAAAAGUCAAAAUCUUAGAGCGGAUAUUGCGAUUAUUGCUGUCAGCAAUAAAAAUAAAGGAGUUAUUACCUCAAAGAGAUGCGAGCUGAGUGAUAAUAAAAUCCUUUUGUCUGCUGUGUUGAGAAUCAAUGAGAAAGAGUUUAAGAUUCUUGAUGAAAGUUCACAAGUGAAGGAAUUAAGUAUUGCAAUUUCAAAUGCGCUUUUUGAGGAUAGAGAAGAAGAAAAGAAAGCAAUGCAGGAAGAAAUACAGAAUUUCUUGGAUCAAAAUGUUCCAAUUCUUAGAGCUUGCGAAGCUAAUCAAAACAACUGUGCAGAAUGCGAUACUAAUAAUGAAAAUUGUAUAAAGUGCAUUGAUACCUAUUUUCUAAAUGGGGAAGGAACCUGCUCUGCUUGCAAUCCAGUCUGCGCGACGUGCGAAAACUCGGCAGGAAACUGUUUAACAUGUUCUGAUACCACUCACAUGACAGCUGCUCCUGCAUGUGCAUGCCCAACCAACGGAGCUCUCUCAGGUACUACUUGUACUUGUAACACUGGAUUUUACUUUAGCGCGGAUACUGUCUGUUCUGCUUGCAAUCCAGCCUGCGCGACGUGCGAAAACUCGGCAGGAAACUGUUUAACAUGUUCUGAUACCACUCAUAUGACAGCUGCUCCUGCAUGUGCAUGCCCAACCAACGGAGCUCUCUCAGGUACUACUUGUGCUUGUAACACUGGAUUUUACUUUAGCGCGGAUACUGUCUGUUCUGCUUGUAAUGCAAACUGCGCUACAUGCCAAACAAGCGCAGGAAACUGUUUAGCAUGCUCUGAUACCACUCACAUGACAGCUGCUCCACAAUGCCAAUGCCCAGCUAACGGAGCUCUCUCAGGCACAACUUGUACUUGCAACAUUGGAUUUUACUUUAGCGCGGAUACUGUCUGUUCUGCUUGUAAUGCAAACUGCGCGACGUGCGAAAACUCGGCAGGAAACUGUUUAACAUGUUCUGAUACCACUCACAUGACAGCUGCUCCACAAUGCCAAUGCCCAGCUAACGGAGCUCUUUCAGGUACAACUUGUACUUGCAACAUUGGAUUUUACUUUAGCGCGGAUACUGUCUGUUCUGCUUGUAGUACAAACUGCGCUACAUGCCAAACAAGCGCAGGAAACUGUUUAACAUGCUCUGAUACCACUCACAUGACAGCUGCUCCACAAUGCCAAUGCCCAGCUAACGGAGCUCUCUCAGGCACAACUUGUGCUUGCAACACUGGAUUUUACUUUAGCGCGGAUACUGUCUGUUCUGCUUGUAAUGUAAACUGCGCUACAUGCCAAACAAGCGCAGGAAACUGUUUAGCAUGCUCUGAUACCACUCACAUGACAGCUGCUCCACAAUGCCAAUGCCCAGCUAACGGAGCUCUUUCAGGUACAACUUGUGCUUGCAACACUGGAUUUUACUUUAGCGCGGAUACUGUCUGUUCUGCUUGUAAUGCAAACUGCGCUACAUGCCAAACAAGCGCAGGAAACUGUUUAGCAUGCUCUGAUACCACUCACAUGACAGCUGCUCCACAAUGCCAAUGCCCAGCUAACGGAGCUCUUUCAGGUACAACUUGUACUUGCAACAUUGGAUUUUACUUUAGCGCGGAUACUGUCUGUUCUGCUUGUAGUACAAACUGCGCUACAUGCCAAACAAGCGCAGGAAACUGUUUAACAUGCUCUGAUACCACCCACAUGACAGCUGCUCCACAAUGCGCAUGCCCAACUAAUGGAUCACUUACAGGAACAACUUGUACUUGUAAUACUGGAUUUUACUUUAGCGCAGACACUGUCUGUUCUGCUUGUAGUACAAACUGUGCUACAUGCCAAACAAGCGCAGGAAACUGUUUAACAUGUUCUGAUACCACUCAUAUGACAGCUGCUCCACAAUGCCAAUGUCCAACCAACGGAGCUCUCUCAGGUACUACUUGUACUUGCAACACUGGAUUUUACUUUAGCGCAGACACUGUCUGUUCUGCUUGUAGUACAAACUGUGCUACAUGCCAAACAAGCGCAGGAAACUGUUUAACAUGUUCUGAUACCACUCAUAUGACAGCUGCUCCACAAUGCCAAUGUCCAACCAACGGAGCUCUCUCAGGUACUACUUGUACUUGCAACACUGGAUUUUACUUUAGCGCAGACACUGUCUGUUCUGCUUGUAGUACAAACUGUGCUACAUGCCAAACAAGCGCAGGAAACUGUUUAACAUGUUCUGAUACCACUCAUAUGACAGCUGCUCCACAAUGCCAAUGUCCAACCAACGGAGCUCUCUCAGGUACUACUUGUACUUGCAACACUGGAUUUUACUUUAGCGCGGAUACUGUCUGUUCUGCUUGCAAUCCAGCCUGCGCGACGUGCGAAAACUCGGCAGGAAACUGUUUAACAUGUUCUGAUACCACUCAUAUGACAGCUGCUCCACAAUGCCAAUGUCCAACCAACGGAGCUCUCUCAGGUACUACUUGUACUUGUAACACUGGAUUUUACUUUAGCGCGGAUACUGUCUGUUCUGCUUGUAAUGCAAACUGCGCUACAUGCCAAACAAGCGCAGGAAACUGUUUAACAUGCUCUGAUACCAUUCACAUGACAGCUGCUCCACAAUGCCAAUGCCCAGCUAACGGAGCUCUCUCAGGCACAACUUGUACUUGCAACACUGGAUUUUACUUUAGCGCGGACACUGUCUGUUCUGCUUGCAAUACCAACUGUGCCACAUGCAGUGGAGCUGCUAACAAUUGCCUUACUUGCGUCGAUCCAACUCAUAUGUCAGCUACUCCCACAUGUGCCUGCCCUACUAAUGGAUCUCUCUCAGGACAAAAUUGUGUUUGUAACACUGGCUAUUUCUUUAGCUCAAAUACUGCUUGCACCGCUUGCAACCCCAGCUGCGAUUCCUGUACUGGUACAGCAGCAAAUUGUGCCACCUGUGUUGAUCCAACUCAUAUGACAGCUGCUCCUGCAUGUGCAUGUCCAGCUAAUGGAGCUCUCUCAGGAACAACUUGCAUUUGCAACAGCGGUUUUUACUUUAGUGCGAAUACUGUUUGCUCAGCAUGCACACCUCCAUGCGCUGAGUGCACUGGAACUCCAGCAUUCUGUACAACUUGCUAUGAUGCAGAUAACAUGGUAAACAACGCAGGAACUUGCAUAUGUAGAGACGCCCAUGCCACUUUUAAUACUGGGACUAAUACUUGUGUUUGCAACACAGGAUAUUGGAACAACGCUGGAGUUUGCCAAGCAUGUGAACCACCAUGUCUUUCGUGCACCAAUUCAGCUACUGACUGCACUACAUGCGAUGCUGGCUACUAUGAAAGUGGCGGUAAUUGUUUGCCAUGUCAAGCGCCAUGUGCAACCUGUGAAAAUUCAGCAGGAAAUUGUUUGUCCUGUAACGAUCCUGAAGAUACUACUCUUACUGGUGGUGUUUGUGCCUGCACAGAUCAGCAUGCUUCGUAUAAUACUCAGCAGACAACUUGCCAAUGCAAUUCAGGCUACUUUGGAACCCCUGGCACUUGUGCUGCCUGUAAUACCAAUUGUGCGACUUGCAGUGGUGCGGCUGAUAGUUGCGUAAGUUGUGCAGAUUCGACUCAUAUGACAGCAGCUCCAGCAUGUGCCUGCCCAGCAAAUUCAGCACAAACCGGAUCAAAUUGUGUUUGCAAUACUGGCUUCUAUUUUAGUGCGAAUACUGUUUGCUCAGCAUGCGCUCCUCAGUGUACAGCUUGUUCAGGGGCAAUAAAUACAUGUACUCAAUGUAGUGAUCCUACCCAUAUGACUGCUGUUCCUGAAUGUUCCUGCCCAACUAAUGGAGCUCUCUCAGGUACAACUUGUACUUGCAAGGCAGGAUAUUAUUUUAGUGCGAACACUGUCUGCUCUGCUUGUAAUACAAACUGUGCGACUUGCCAGAAUAACGCAGGAAACUGUUUAACAUGUUCUGAUACCACUCAUAUGACAGCUGCUCCACAAUGCCAAUGUCCAACCAACGGAGCUCUCUCAGAUACUACUUGUACUUGCAACGCCGGAUAUUACUUUAGCACGAAUACUGUCUGUUCUACUUGCAAUACUAACUGCGCUGCAUGCGAAACCAGCGCAGGGAAUUGCUUAACAUGCUCUGAUGCUACCCAUAUGACAGUUGCUCCGCAAUGCGCAUGCCCAACUAAUGGAGCACUCUCAGGAGCAACUGGUCAAGCAUAGGUAGCAACCAGAUCCAUCCAACCCUCAAUAAGCGAACCCCCAACCCCUAAAAAUAGUACCCCUACCCCCUCAAAAAAUAAAGGUUUUAUUCUAUAGAAGUAAUUGAUAGGAAACAAGCAGAAUAAUUUAAAUGUAAGCCAAUUAAAACACUAUAUUGAUAAAUUAAGUCCAUAAAUUACUUUAUAUUUAUGAUUAAUUAAUAAAUUUAAAUUAAUUAACAAUUAAUUAGAAAAUAUAUUAAUUUUUUUUAUAUUUAUAAAUAUAAUGCCCAAAGAUAUUGAUAAUGGCAUUAAUUAUUAAAUGAGCCAAGCACAAUACAAUAACUUGCAUAAUUUAUUGAUUCAUAAAUUAAAGCUAAUCUGAUGCCCAUUGUACAAGGAUUGCAGGACUGAAUUGGCAACAGGAUUCAAUAGUGCUAAUAAAAAAUAGUAUUUGCUAUUGCCAGUUUUACUUUUGAUCUCUAAUUCGACUCUCUAGCCAUUGUUCCACAAAGUUCAUAAAUAUAUGCAGGAUAUGCUGCUAAUUAAAACUAAAGAUCAUUAUUAUGCUUGCUAACAAAUUUCUUAAGAUGUGGUGUCUUAGUAGUUAUAGGAAAAACUCUCAACCCAGUCCACCUAAUCCUUAAUCGAUUGUGCUAAUCUAUGUGAAUAUUGUAUAAAUCAGUAACUUUGAAUAAUUAAAAUUAUAAUUUAUUUAUUACGCCUAAAUUGGCAUUUGUCAUAUAUUUGUGCUAUAUUAAGGGGGGUUGGGUGGAGGUGCCAUCUGUGAAAGGGGAGUCCAUUUUUUUAGGGGGAUGGGGGGAUGGGGUACCACUUUUAGGAGGUGUGGGGGUGCCUGGUUGCGACCUGUGCUUGACCAAGCAACAUGUAUAGCCCAUGAAUCUUUAUGAGUCGACUUCAUUGAAAUGUAACCAUUCUAAUAAACUUCAUACCAUGUUUAUCUUAGACCCUCACUAUUUAGAGAAAUAUUCAGAUUAUAAUAAAAAAUUCCCUUUUAAACUAGCUCAAUAUUGUUUUAUAUAAUUGAUUUUGGAAAAAUUUCUCAUAAUUAGCAAAUGUUCGGCAAAAUAAAGCAAGGCAUAUUUUAUAAUUAAAAUAGAUUCUCUCUUUAUAUUUUAAAAAUGAUAAUUUCGCGGUAAAAUGGGUUUGGCCCAAAUAUGAGAUUAAAAUUGAAAAUAAAAACUUGACAAAUGCGAACCAUUUUGGCAAUUAAACGAGCUAUUUUUAAGAGUGGCUUAAUACAAAAAUUAAAUUUUGAUUAAAGAAAACUAUUGAAAUAACAUUAAUUAUUUAUAAUUUUAUUUUCUGCUUUCUGACAAGCGCACAGAUUUAUUUUUGUAUUUUUUUUGUUCGUUAUAUCGCCAUCUUAAUUUUCCACUUUUUGGACAAACACAAAAAUUUAUUUUUGUGUAAUUUUUUAUUCGUUUGAUUUUAAAAGCAAUAAAAAAUUAAAAUUCUUAUCUGCCUCUGUAUUUAUUAAGAUAUAUUAUAACUUUAUUUUCGCUUUUUGGACAAGCAUACAAAUUUAUUUUUUUGUUGUUGCUUGUUAUACCGCCCGCCAUCUUGAUUUUUUAAUUCAUAAUAAAAAUUUAAAAUUCUUAUUCCAUCUCGUGCUGUUUUAUCAGGAGCUUGAUAUUUGAAGGGUUUAUAAGGAAUACUUAGAUCUAUUUUAUCAUUUUUGGACAAGCACACUAUUUGAUUUUUAAUUUUGUUUCUUAUAUAGCCAUCUUGAGUUUCGAAGACAUAAGAAAUCAAAGUUCUUAUUCUCCCUCAUGUAGUUUGAUCUGGAACUACAUAUUAUAACUAAUAAUAGCUAUUUAUUGUGACUUUAAUUUCCUGUUUCUGGGGAAGCAAACAUUUUUAUUUUAUUUUUUUUGUUCUUUAUGUCACCGUUUCCUAUAACAAAAAUUAAACUCUUGUCUCAACUUACGCAGCUCUUUCUGCAACUUCAUAUUUUAAGUAUUUGAAGCUUGAUAAAAAAUUUUUUUUUUUUAUUUAAUUUACAUUAAGAAGAAUACCCUUUUAACUUAACUUAACUUAACUUAAAAUUUAAUUUUUGUAUUAAGCCACUUUUAAAAAUGGCUCGUUUAAUUAUCAAAAUGGUUCACACUUGCCAAUGAUUGAUUUGCAAUUUUUUAAUCUCAUAUUUGGGCCAAGCCAUUUUACCGCGAAUUUACCAUUUUUCAAAUAUAAAAGAGAAGAGCUAUUUUACUUGUAAAAUAUGCCUUGGCUUCAUGCCGAACAUUUGCUAAUUAUUAGAAAUUUUUCAAAAUAUUAUUAAAAAAAAUGAUAUAAAGCUAUAUUGAACUAGCUUAAAAGAGAUAAUCUAAAUAUUUCUCUAAAUAGUGAGGGUCUAAGAUAAACUAGAUAUGAAGCCCAUUAGAACGGUUACAUUUUCAACGAAGUCAAUUCAUAAAGAUUCAUGUACUUGCAACGCCGGAUAUUACUUUAGCGCAAAUACUGUUUGUUCUGCUUGCAAUACCAACUGCGCUACAUGUAGUGGAGCCGCUGGGACUUGUGUGACUUGCGUCGAUCCAACUCAUAUGUCAGCAGCUCCUCAAUGCUCCUGCCCAACUAAUGGAGCACUCUCAGGAGCAACUUGCACUUGCAACGCCGGAUAUUACUUUAGCACAAACACUGUCUGUUCUGCUUGUAAUACAAACUGUGCUACAUGUCAAAAUAACGCAGGAAACUGCUUAACAUGUUCUGAUACCAUUCACAUGUCAGCAGCUCCUGCAUGCGCAUGCCCAGCUAAUGGUUCACUAACAGAAACAACUUGUACUUGCAACACCGGAUAUUUCUUUUCAUCAGCCACUACUUGUACUGCCUGUGCUUCUCAAUGCGCAACAUGUGCCAAUUCAAAUACUAAUUGCCUGACCUGUACUGACACAACUCAUACAACAGCUGCUCCAGCUUGCAGCUGUCCUGAAAAUAGCGCUUUGACUGGUGGAAGUUGUGUAUGCAGCCCUGGAUUUUAUUAUAGCACACCUACAGUUUGCUCCGCAUGUAAUUCGCCAUGCUCUGAAUGCUCUACAUCAUCUAAUACAUGUACCAAUUGCAUCAAUGGUUAUUACCUCCACGGAAACGUUUGCACAACCUGUACAGCGCCUUGCGCCACGUGCAGUGAUUCUCCAACUACAUGCCAGUCUUGCGAUGAUUCAGAACACAUGACUUUAAAUGUUGAUGGAACUUGCACAUGCACUGAUCCAAAUGCGUCUUUUAAUACUGGAACUGCAACUUGCCAAUGUAAUUCAGGAUUUACAAGUAUAGCUGGAGAGUGCACAGCAUGCGAAUUGCCUUGCACACAAUGCUCGACAUCUAUAUCUACUUGUACGGCUUGUGUUAAUGGAUUUUGGCUAAAUCAAAACACGUGUUCUGCUUGUAACCCACCAUGCGCCCAAUGCUCUACAUCUGCAACUACCUGCACAGUCUGCAAUGACAUAAAUAACAUGAAUCUUAACCCAACCACCAACACCUGCACAUGCAAAGACCCUAACGCAUCUUUUGUAGUCGAAUCAAAAGUCUGCAUCUGCAAUAGCGGCUAUUUCAACAACGGUGGGACGUGCGAUACCUGCCAAACUCCUUGUUUACAAUGUUCAGGCACUGCCCAAACUUGUCAAUCCUGCGUUGCUGGAUACUACCUCAGCGGCAAUAACUGCAUAGCUUGCGAUCCUACUUGCACCGCAUGUUCUGGGUCUUCAACAUCUUGCACUUCUUGUGCUAAUGGAUACUGGCUGAGUGGAAGUACUUGCACAGCUUGUAGUGGCCAAUGCGCAACUUGCAGAAAUUCAGCAGCUAAUUGUGUGACAUGCUCUGAUCCCACCCAUAUGUCAGCAACGCCUAACUGUUCUUGUCCAACUAAUGGAGCUUUAGUAGGAGCUGCUUGUCAGUGCAAUGCAGGGUACUAUUACAGCACCAAUACAGUCUGUUCUGCUUGUGACCCUGAGUGCGCCACUUGUCAAACUAACUCAGCGACCUGCACAGCUUGUAUUGAUCCUACCCACAUGUCAGCUGCCCCUACUUGCUCUUGUCCCACAAAUGGGGCUUUGCAAGGCCAAACUUGUGUAUGUAAUGUUGGCUAUUUUUACAGUUCUGAUACAGUAUGCUCUGCAUGUGCUCCAAACUGUAAUUCCUGUGUAACAUCUUUAAAUAAUUGCUUAACUUGUACUGACUCAACUCAUAUGUCAGCAGCCCCAGCCUGUGCAUGCCCCGCUUUAUCAACUCUUGUUGAGGCUGCUUGUGUCUGCAACACUGGGUAUUAUUUUAGCUCCUCCACUCAAUGCUCAGCUUGUGGUACUCAAUGUGCGACAUGCACUGUGUCCUCUAAUAACUGUGCCACAUGUAUAGACUCCACCCAUAUGUCAUCAGCCCCUACUUGCGCAUGUCCAGAUGAGUCUACUUUAUCAAAUAACGCUUGUGUCUGCAAUGAAGGGUACUUUUUCUCUUCAAACACUGUAUGCUCUCCAUGUGUUAAUGGUUGCAAAACUUGUAAUUCCCCUGCAUCUUGUCAGGCAUGUUAUGAUCCUAAAGCAGCUUAUAAUUCACAGCUAAAUCAAUGCAUUUGUAAUGAUGAGCAUGCUUAUAUUAGCCCUAGCACUAAUAUGUGUGUCUGUAACGCUGGGUAUUUCAGCGACCCUAAUAACUCAGGAAUCUGUACUUCAUGCUCAGAAGGAUGCAAGGUAUGUACAAGCUUAGCUAAUUGUCAGACUUGUUGGGACCCUAAUAUGACUAUUGAUAGUGAUGGGAGUUGUUCAUGUGACGAUCCUAAUUCAACUUUUAAUGAUAACCAGAACCUUUGCGUAUGUAAUAAUGGAUACUUCCAGAAUGGAAGCACUUGUGUAGCUUGCUCUUUAGGCUGUAAGACCUGCAACUCAGCAGUUGAAUGCACUCAAUGCUUUGACACGGCCCAGCAGUCGUUAAUUAAUGGAGCUUGCUUAUGUAAUGGGACUCCAGCUUGGACUUAUAACUCAGCCACCCAGACCUGUGUAUGCUCUGUAGGCUACUAUCAAAAUGGAAAUACCUGUGACCAAUGCCCUGCUGGCUGUGUUACUUGUACAGCUGCCAAUAACUGCCAGACCUGCUCUGACCCUCAUUCAACCCUUAAAAAUGGAAUUUGUGUUUGUAAUGACCCAAAUGCCGGCUUCAAGCAGAAUGAUCCUAAUUGUAUUUGCAAUUCUGGGUUCUAUGAAAAUGUAGACACUUGUACUCAGUGUCAGUCUGGAUGUGAAGUCUGUGGAAGCGCCACUUUUUGUACACAGUGCUUUGAGGCAAAUAUGACGAAUACUGGGAAAGGAAAUUGCGUGUGCUCUUAUGAACUGCAGACGUUUAAUCCUACGACGCAUCAAUGCUCCUGUCCUUUGCAUACGUAUGCUGAUGAAGAUACACAAACUUGUCAGAAAUGUGAUGAAACUUGCAGCAAUUGCCAGGCAAAGAAUAACUGCUUGGAUUGUUAUGACGCUGAUAAUAUGGUUAAUAAUAGGAAUGGCACUUGCUCUUGUAUAGGUACUUCUAAUUCUUCAAAUAGUAAUAGGCAUUUAUUAUUUUAAAAAGCAUUAAUAAUUUUCAGGAUUUAGUAAUAUUUAAAAAAAACAAACAAAAAAGGUGAUAAUGUUUAAUAAGGAGUAAGAGAUUCAGCAAUUCAACUGAUACCUGCAUUGAUAGAAGCUCUGGAGCUUUGGAGUUAGGAAUUUCCUGGUUAUUACUAGGAUUCGUAAGUUUCUUCUACUUAAUCUAA